AUGGCUGCCAACAUUCUUCACCCCAGAAGAUCUCUCCGUCGCCUGAGAACGGCUUUCACACUCCCCUCAGCUUCAGCACCAUCAUCAAGGCCGGCUUCUGAAUUCUCCACAUCACCACUUUCGGCCCACACAUCUAGUUCGAGCGGCUCCUUUGCUGGUUUCAACUUUGACUUUGGAAAUCAUUCGAGCACCUCCCUCAUACUUCAUCCGCGCCGGAUAAUACGGCGGAAGAGGAGCACAAUGGAGGAACAGAGGGAAGAGGAGCGGCUUGUCAUGGGAGAUGAACUCGUUGGCUUGGUGGAACCAAGGCCUAGCAUUGGACUGGCCAAUAUCGAGGAGAUUCUGGAGGGGAGCAACUAG